AUGAUGGAUGACGACACUGAGUUGAGGACUGAUGGAAACUCCCUCUUAAAAGCCGUGUGGUUGGGGAGGCUCCGGCUGACCAGACUCCUCAUGGAAGGGGGAGCAUAUAUCAACGAGAGCAAUGACAAAGGUGAAACAGCUCUCAUGGUGGCAUGCAUUACCAAACAUGUGGACCAGCAAAGCAUUAGCAAGUCUAGGAUGGUGAAGUAUCUGCUGGACAAUAGGGCAGACCCCAAUAUCCAGGAUAAGUCUGGCAAGACUGCACUCAUCCAUGCUUGCAUCCGACGAGCUGGGGGAGAAGUAGUGUCCUUACUCCUGGAGAAUGGAGCAGACCCCAGUCUUGAGGAUCGCACUGGGGCUUCAGCUCUGGUUUAUGCAAUAAAUGCAGAUGACAAGGAUGCACUGAAGCAUCUCCUCGAUGCCUGCAAGGCCAAAGGUAAGGAAGUGAUUAUUAUAACAACAGACAAAUCAUCUUCAGGCACAAAAACCACCAAGCAGUAUCUCAAUGUCCCUCCAUCACCCAAAGUGGAAGAUAGACAGUCACCGUCACUGUGUGCAUCUCCUUCUGACAUUGAAUUGAAGGCUCCCGGUUUGGGUUCUCCACCCAGUGAGAAGGACGAUGAUUUCUUCAUCCUCCAAACAGGACACCAAAGUGGCUGUAGUACUUCUAAGGCCCUUAAUGAGCCUGGAUCACCCACCAGGAAAGUGUCUAGCCUUAAAAGGGCCCGCUUGCCCCAGCUGAAGAGGCUCCAGUCUGAACCCUGGGGCUUGAUUGCUCCUUCUGUGCUGGCAGCCUCCACACGCCAGGAUGAAAACCAUGUCACAAGCACAGACAAUGAGGUCAUCAGGAGCAUCAAUGACAUGUCUUUCCCUAAAAGGGGUCCCCUCUCCAGAGCCAACAGCAUUGACAGUAAAGACUCCACCCUCUUCCCCACAGUCCAGGAACAAGUUCUGAAAGUUCCAACCUCAGUACCAGCUACCUGGAAAGCAGCUUUUGAGAAAGGCCAGGCUCCCCAUUCACGCCUCGCCAGGAGAGGAACGCUUCCUGUUGACCAAGAGAAGAGUGGGAUGUGUCCACCAGGAUCGACAGCUCUGAAAGAUCCAGCAUCUCUCAAGCUGUUGGAAAAUGACCUCUAUGAUUUAGAUAUACAGCCAGGGGCUGACCCACCCAACUCUAUGUCCAUUGAGUCAAGCAAAGGACCUUUAGACAGAAAGAAGCUCAACAGCUCACACUUGUCCCUUUUCCAUGGCUCUCGGGAGUGCCUGGAUGCUGUACCCAGCACAUCGCCCAGCUCAGCGCGUCGCAGGCCCCCUCAUCUUUUAGAAAGAAGAGGUUCGGGAACACUCUUAUUAGACCGCAUUGCUCACACGAGGCCUGGCUUUCUUCCCCCUUUAAAUGUGAAUUCAAACCCACCAAUCCCAGAUAUCAGAACCAGUAGCAAACCAGCUUCCCCACUUGCUGGUGGCUUAAAAACUAUGGUUCCUGUUGCUCCAAGUUCACCAAAGAGAGUUGACUUGAGAAGUAAAAAGAAACUCCUUCGAAGGCAUUCUAUGCAGAUUGAACAGAUGAAACAGCUCUCUGACUUUGAAGAAAUCAUGACCUAG